AUGACCCGGCGCCGCGAGGAAGUGUCAGGCGAUGCCGACAAUGCCCCGGAUGCCAAAGUUGCGCGGGUGCAACGGGUCAUCGAACAAGGGACCUUCCUCUUAGACUUUCCUCAGGAAGAGUCUGUCUUUCAGCAAGGCGAUCAUCUUUGGGGGCUUCCUGAGGUUCAUCAGCGUACUGCCACCAAGCCUCGACCCGCAACUGAACCCCUCCGAGAUUUUUCCGUGGCAAUGCCCCGCUUAUCUUUGAAGGAUGUGGAUGUGGGACGGUUGCCACAACAAGCAAAGGCUGCCUUGGAUUUCCUUGUGUUGCUCAAUCCGUGCGAGAUCAUCCCGGACGGCAUGAGCGCACGGCAGCCAGUUCUGCUCCCACAGCAGAAGCCUGAACACCAGGGGCGUCGGACGUUGGUAUUGGACUUGGAUGAGACCUUGGUCCAUUGCCACUGUCAGCCCUUCGCCCCACCUGGGGCGCAUCCUGACAUCCACUUGGAGUUGGAGAAUGGAGAUCCCAAGGCAGUGUUGAAGGCGAAGGUGUUCGUGAGGCCCGGUGCGCGUCAGCUGCUCCUUCUUGCUGCGGAGCGCUUUGAAGUCGUGGUUUUCACGGCCUCCGCGGCCAUCUACGCUGACAAGGUGCUGGAUUGGCUGGACCCAGGACGGAGACUCAUCUCCUACCGUCUUUAUCGUGAGGCAUGCACAGAGCUUGCAGGUGGCCACUUCAAGGACCUACGACGUCUUGGACGAUCGUUGGACGAUGUGGUUCUGGUGGACAACUCACCGUUGGCCCUGGGCCUGCGCCCGGAGAAUGGGAUGUUGAUCAGCAGCUGGUACGGGGACGACGAUCAGGUCGCAGGGGGAUGGCAGCUGGCAGCUGGAUCAACCACGACCGUAUCAGCUAUGGCACGUUUGCAUUGGCUGGAUGACCUUGGAAAGUUCCUGGAACCCGAGGCCUUCAUCGAUGAGUUGACCCAGCAGAGCUUCGCCGUGGUCGCUGCCCCAGCGCGUUUGGCGUCCCCCGUGGCCGCCGUCUUUGCAGCGCCUCAGGGGUUGCUGGGGCACAGCGGUGCCAAUGGGCCCUUGGUGUGGAGCUUUAAAAGGCAAGGGGAGUUGAAGGAGCGGAGUCAGGUCCGGAGAGUGAGCUGUGAAGCAGGAGAUCCCGAGGAUUUGUUGUGGGCCUCCUUCGAAGUCAUGGAGCAGCUGGCGGCCGAAGCCAUGGACGCCUGGUGCGCUCGCUUAGAGGUGCCCUCUGAAGCGGCGCGGCGGAGCUUUGGAGAUCUCUCCUUCGCUGCGGAAGAGGCAACGCACCAGGAGCUUGGCAAAGGCAAAUCUGUGCUCAACCUCUACCACUACUUCAACUCGCCCACUUGUGACGAGGAGCCCUGCCGUUCCCAUGCGGAUCCGGGUCUCCUCACGGUGCUGGGCCGCUCCACAAAGGCUGGGCUGCAGGCCGUGCGGCCGCUGACGCCUGGGAAGGCGCCGGGACGGCCUGCCAGCUACGGGGAGGAGUGGCUGGAUCUGGAACUGCUGAUGGAUGACCUGGGACGAGGACAGGCGCCCCACGUGCCCUUUCUGGUCCUGGUGGGCGAAACCAUGGAGCGUCUCAGUGGUGGAUGGCAUCCCAGUUGUGUGCACCGCGUGAAGCGAAGUGAGGAGCCCGGAGAAAGGCGCUUCAAUAUGGCCUUUGAGCUGCGACCCAGGUGCAACGUGUGGCAUCCCUGGCGAAAAAUGCUGGAUGCGGUGGAGACGGCGCCUGAGACGGAGCCAUAG